AUGGAAGGAGCACUGCGAGCAUGGUACGAUAUUCCGACGAACCAGUGGAGGAGCUGUGAGACCAAUAUCGUGGUGGAGGAUCAAGUAGAAGAGCAGGAGCAGCGACAUCCAAGGUAUGUGGUGCGAGACGAGGGUACGGAAGAGGAAUGGAUCUUCGGAGAGAGGAAGGUGAUGAGAGUUCUGUUGAGCGCCUCUGAGGAGGAAGAGGAGGACGCUUUCGACUCGAUCAAGGCCAAUGAGAUCGCAAGACAUUGCGCGGCAGCCUUCUCCUCUCGCCCGAGCUUCUCUUCCUGCUUCCAGCCAUUUCGGUUCGUGCUGCGAUACGCUCUGAUCCUCACAAGCCGCCCCGACGCUCCUCUUGCUGUGGUCCGAUACUCCAUGUGGCUGCUCCGUGUGCUGCAGGUAGAGGACAAGAAGGCAGGAGUAGACGCGUCCACUGCUUUCUCGCUGUUCACGUUGAGAUUCACACGAGGGAGGCUCCUGCUGUAUCGCCCGAGGGUUGUGUUCCCUGGAGUCUGGAAGAAACCUGCUCUUGCUUCUAGGAAGAAGAUAGGAGGACGAGCGGAUCGGGGCGAGGAGGGCAUGCUCUCGUUCCUGUGGAGCUUGGAGCCCAACAAGUCUGGCGUCAGCCCGUCUCCGAGCAAGCAGAACAGCACAGAAGAACGCUUGCUCGCAUUGCUGAGCGCUGGCGCAAAUGCCCAGGACAAGGAAGAGCUACAUGCUCUUGUGCUGAAGGACGUUCAGCCCUUUGUGCUCGAGCUCAACGCCACGACACCAGUCAGGAGCAAGAGCAACAGACUUGUGUUCUCUUGGCUGUUGCGGGUUGAAGACAUCUCUGGAGAUCUUGACAUGUGGGGGAGAAAAGCUUUCUCGCUCCAGCAAGUCUCAUCGCGGCUUGACGACUGUCCCACUGAGUCUGCCUUCCGCAGUGAGUAUCGUUUCGAGCCUGACAGUUUCCACACCUCCCAAGUACGCGUCAAGCUGCUGAGCCCAACAUCGCCUGUCGAGAGCUCCUUCCACUUCCUCCUCGAUCUCUCCAAGGACGAAAUCUUUGUUCUGUGGGCGGUUGCGAGCGGACAGUGCGAAUUUGGCAUGUCAUGUACAGCAAGAAAUCACUUCUUUGGUGAAGCACUGGCGGAGAGGUUCAACCAGAUCCGAUCAUCAGAGACUAGCAAGGUCACGUUCAAGAGAAGAUUCAUCUUUCACAUCAUGAGCCAGCAUGUUGAAACUUUUUUCACGGGCGAGUCGAUUGUCCUCCACUCAUACAAAGACGACAUUCUGAUACCAGAACAACCCUUGUACAUGAUAUCCAGCCACGCGCACCAAGAAGACAGCUUUGAGCUUGCACAGCAGAGGCUUCUCUUCUCGCUGUUUCAACUUUAUGUUUAUUUCACGUCUCACAGGACGAUCCUCGUAACUCGUGUCGCCCUGACCGAGGGACGAUGGUCAGAUCCUGUCUUUCACUUUGCUGUUGACACAGACAAACAAGAGUUUCAGGAUCUCGAGGAGGAGCUUUUGACCAGUUUUGACCCUAUAGACAUAGACCUCCUGAGCAAGUGCGACGGGCCAUUGCACUUCAAACGGCAGAUGGGAUUGCUGAUGGACAGUCUGAUGCCUUCAGAACCAGAAAAGCACGAAAGAAACUUCAGGCACAAGGCGACAAUAGCAUGA